CAUUGGUUUCAUCACCCAAUAAAUCUAGUCGACUCUCAUCUUCAACCUCCUUCUCUCUGAAUCUCAGUCACUCUCAAACAUGUCAGACCUCCCCAACCCUCCCUACGAUCUCAUCAUCCUCGGCGCCUCCGGCUUCACCGGAAAAUACGUCGUGAAAGAAGCCCUCAAGUUCCUCAACACCCCCUCCUCACCUCUCAAGUCUCUAGCCUUAGCCGGCCGCAACCCCACGAAGCUCUCCCAAACCCUCAACUGGGCCACCGCCCCAAACGCACCUCCCUCCAUUCCCAUCCUCACCGCCGACACCACCGAUCCCCCGUCCCUCCGCCGCCUCUGCUCCCAAACCCGCCUCAUCCUCAACUGCGUGGGCCCCUUCCGCCUCUACGGCGACCCCGUCGUCGCCGCGUGCGUUGAGACCGGCUGUGAUUAUCUCGACAUAUCCGGAGAGCCGGAGUUCAUGGAGAGGAUGGAGGCCAGUUAUUUCGAUAAGGCGGCGGAGAAGGGCGCGUUGGCCAUUUCGGCUUGUGGGUUUGACUCUGUUCCGGCGGAGUUUGGGUUGAUGUUUAACUCGAGGCAGUGGGUGGGGGCAGCGGUGCCGAAUAGGGUGGAGGCUUAUCUGAGCUUGGAAUCUGAGAAGAGAAUUGUUGGGAACUUUGGGACAUUUGAGUCGGCGGUGUUGGGUGUGGCUAAUGCGAAUAAGUUGAUGGAGCUCCGGCGGUCCAGGCCUAAAAAACCGAGGCCGGAGAUUCCUGGUCCUCCUCCUUCUAAAGGACCAACCAUUGAACACCAGAAAAACAUUGGCCUUUGGGCUGUGAAGCUACCUUCAGCAGAUGCUAUUGUUGUACGAAGAACACUUGGAGCUCUGACCGAAAAUCCCGGCGGUCUUCCAGGGAGGAAUGAGAGUGAUGAACACAUUAAAAAAAGAGAAGCCUUCUGGUCAACAGUGAAGCCAGCUCAUUUCGGGGUGAAGAUAGGCACCAAGUCUCUGUUGGGCAUUUUUCGAAUCAUUACAGUUGGGAUCUUUAUUGGGCUCUUGGGUCAGUUCUCCUUUGGGAGGUGGCUUCUCUUAAAGUUUCCCUCAUUUUUCAGUGUUGGAUGGUUCAGGAAGCAGGGUCCCUCUGAUGAGGAGGUGAGAAGUGCAUCUUUUAAGAUGUGGUUUGUUGGACGUGGUUUCAGCGACAGGAGUCUUGCAUCUCAGGGAAACGCAAAACCUGAUAUGGAAAUAGUAACAAGAGUUAUGGGACCUGAAAUUGGCUACUUAACAACCCCAAUAAUUCUGCUUCAGUGUGCACUUAUUGUUCUGAGCCAGCGCGACAAUCUUCCAAAGGGAGGAGUUUUCCCAGCUGGGAUUGUAUUUGGCCCAACCGAUCUCCAAGAAAGGCUACAAGAAAAUGGAGUUACUUUUGAUGUUAUUUCGAAGAAUGCUAUUUCUCAUUAGCAGGUACAUACUUUCGGAGAAAAUAAAUCUAUAGUUGGAAGUAUCUAUGAAACAGUAACUUAUAAUAAAAAAAGUAGUUAUUUUGCUUUCUCAUUA